GGCCUUCCGAGCGGUUCCCUGGCCUGUCACACAACAGAUGCUCUCUAACAACACUUUUCUAAAAUUAUUAAUCGCCAAUCAUUUGAUUCCCGGUAAACAAUACGCCACGGGUUUGGCCGGCAAUAAGAUCUACUCAAUUGGUGGCAAUGUCUUAAACUUCACGAGUAGAACCGUUCAAUCGCAUUCAUUAGUUUUAGUCAAUUUAGUGCCGAUCAUAGACUCGGAUCUGAUCGCCACCAAUGGUGUGAUUCAAGUGAUUACAAGAAUUAUUCUGCCCAAAGAAUUGAUGGACGACUGCAAGUGUCUGCCAAACAGUACCACAACUAAAAGACCAGACAGACAGUCGUCGGGCAACGAGACAUCAACGAUAGACCCUUUAAUAGAGAAAAUGCUGGGAACCGAUGAAAAUAUCAAUAAUAUUGAUCGACGAUACGGUUUGGCACCGCCGAGGAAUGGACAACAAUCUGGGGAUCACUUCACUUCUACUCCGAAGCCGGUGACGUUCAGAUCCUUUUGGGACGACCUCUUCUCUGCCACUGAAGACCCGCUUAACGCAAACCAAUCGGUGACCGGAAACGGGACACAAACCACAGGCAGUGGUGACAGGAAUACGACAACUCUGUCGUCGACGACACCGAAUCCAAACGUCACAGAAUUGCCAUUCCUUUGGGACUUUCUGACCACCGAAACCCCGCAGCCAUUGAAUCAAACAACUGACAGACCUGUCAAUGACAGCACAUCCAGAGUAUCGGCGACGAGACGAUUGAGACAAUACACGCCUGGAGUUCAAUACGACGACGAGAGUAACACCACAACCGCCACAACUGGCAACGGAACCGCUGCUGACGGGACGGCAUCCACACCACAGCCCACUUCAUGGACCCGACCUUUCUAUAGGCCAGGCGUCAGACGGAGCACAACAGAAACAACGGCUCAAAGCGCUACAAAUGCGACCGAAACGACAACUCCUUUCGGAAUCGGGAACUCAUAUUUUAGGCCAACUGUGAAGCCUGUCUUCCGGCCGACCCAUAGGAGGGACACAUUCACAGCUCAGCCAAACACAGACAAUACUGUCCCGCCUUAUGAUCGCCGGUAUGGCAUUCAAAGGGAUAGAAAGCCUAUCAACGAAAGCGAUGAUCAGUUAACCAGAAGAUCCCAAAUCAGUUCAAGACUACAAGAGCCCAUUGAACAGCGCAAAGAUGACGAUCAAUAUAUUGAACAAGAAAUUGAAAAUCAAUCCCAUUAUAGUCCGAACCGAACACAAUAUCCGUAUCAAAGAGAUCCCAAAGGGAGUCAACAAUCGUAUGAUCGACGGCCACAAUCGCAAGACAUAGCCUCCCAGCCAUUCGUUAGACGACCCUAUGAUCAGAGAGUGAGUCCACGAAACGAAUCCAGAUAUUUGCCCGAAGAAGUGCAACAAAAACCACAUCAUCCGAUCUUUCGGCGCCAACACAUCCGUCAGAACCUNCAACAGACAUCAUCCGAUCUUUCGGCGCCAACACAUCCAUCAGAACCUCCGCGACAACAACUCAAUUGGUGGGACUCUCGAUACGAACCGGAUGUCUAUUCUGUGGCGGCCUUUGCUCCUACACCUCAAGACCAACAGCGAAGACCUCAGGCAUACGACCCGAGGACUCCCUAUCAACCGGCAAGACCUGAGCGGCCGCGCGAUUACAGACCCGGAGUUGUAUACAUAGAUCAAAGCGAUUCUCACUAUUAUAGACCGCCGACAAAAGACAGGCGAAUCUUUAAACCAAGAAAUGACACCAAAACGAGUCCACAAUCUUCCAGAGCCGGAGCGGCGAGAAGUCAGAAACCAACGAGUGAUGUAUAUUCCAGACCACAAUAUAUGGACAGAUCAUACGUACCCUCUUAUGAUCCCUUUGCGAGACCACCGAUGGUUGUGGGAGAGUAUCCACACAUGUAUAAUAUUGAUCACUCGUAUCCAUCAAUGGAUCAAUUUAGACCUCCUGUACGCCAACCCUUCCAGAGAGAUCAACGAUUGGAUCCAUUUGAUAGACGAAGACCUGUUAGCGAUACGAAGACCUCUUCGUCGUCGUCUAAUUAUGACACCAUAAGAAGGAGAGGAGACACUCGUGAUCGCAAACCUGAAGAGACAAAAGCGGACCCAAAUCUGAAAACAAUUAGUGAAAUCAUAGAAUCACCGGAUCUGAUGGUCGGCGGAAAAUUCAGACAAUUCAACACUUUGAAGGAUAUGAUCACCGAUUCUGGUCUUUGGGAUGCAUUGAAUAGACCGACGACUUAUAUCACUAUAUUUAUGCCAACAGACGACGCGUUCGCCGCCAUCACCGAUGGAUCCGUUGAGCAAAUGAAGAGAAAUCCCAAACUUGUCAGAGAUUUUCUAACACAACAUAUACUCGGAUAUAGUCUUCCGCCGCAGAAUCUCAAGAAUAAUAUGAAAGUGAAAUCAUUGAACGGAGAAAUGCAUUUAAUUAAUGUGAUAGACGGCGGAAAAAUUAUGGUUGACGGGAAUGAAGUGAUCGCCGCGACGGCCGCCAAGAAUGGCAACGUCUAUGUGAUGGACAAAGUGCUGGAAAGGAGUGGUCGCAGAUCCCGAUCCAUUCCCGAUGAGUUGAGACGCCGAUCAGAUUUGAGCACAUUUUCCAGUUUAUUGCAAAGAAGUGAUCUCAUGAGUCAAUUAUCUCGUGAAUCUGGACCAUUCACUGUAAUGGCUCCGACCAAUACUGCACUCAAUAAUGCAAAUAUAAGACAACUAAUUAAGAGUCAAAAAGAUUUAAAUGAUUUUGUGCGCAAACAUGUAAUGGAUGGCGCCGUUUAUAGCCAACAAUUAUCUGAUCCAAGCGAUGGAAGUGAUAAUAAAGAUAUUAGAAGAGUUGGCUUGAGUUCAGACGCUCCGAUUACUAUCAAUAACUCAACUCAAGUGAUAUCUCCAGACAUAACCACAGAGAAUGGUGUCAUUCAUAUCAUUGAUAGUGUUUUGCCCGAAAAGUUAAACAUAACCGAUAGGUCACAGAAAUUAUCAAACGAAGAACCAGAUCGAAAUGGGAGACUGUCUUCAGUGCAGAGAUCGGCACAGAGUCUUGGGAUCAGACGAUUCACAAAUUGGCUCAAUAAGAGUGGUUUAUUGGAUGAGCUCAUCAAAGAUGGUCGAGAGUACACUGUUAUUGUGCCGACGGAUAGGGCUGUCGGCAAACUGCCACUAAAGAUACAGUCCAUACUGAAUAGCGAACCCUCCCGACUGACCAGUCUCUUGGAAUAUCACAUAAUUCCCGGUUUUGUGGACACA